UAAUAAUAUCUAAGAUGGACUCCAAUUACGUGCGAGCAGAUAACAGCAACCUACCUAAGAUCGAUCCAUUCAUGGUAGAACUAUUUUUUAAAAACAAUGCAGUUUAUUAUGCUUCUGAAGUAAGAAAUAUAAAAACAGUAGUGUCUGCAAGAGAGUCGUACGGUGAUGAUGCCGUUGGCUACGUUCAACUGUACCGUGACAAUGGGAUUUGUACAGUAAAAUGCAAAAUGUGCCCGGAACAUAAAGUGCGCACCAAAGCUUACAAUGUUACCCUGGUCGUAAAUGAAAAUGACGGUGUGAUAAUAAGCUGUGAGUGCCAUGACUGUGCGGCUUCAGCUGGCGGAUGUAAACACGCGGUAGCCUUUUUGAUGUGGGUCCAUAGUCGCAGCGAGGAACCAGCAUGUACAUCGGUCGAGUGUUACUGGAAGAAGCCUGUUCUGUCUAGAGUAGGAACCACUUUAAAGUUCAUCACUAUAGAACAAAUGACCAAGACCCCUGUUCCACACAGACCUAGCACAUCAGCACUAUACGAAGAUUUUAUUUCAGAAGCCAAAAAGAGAAAAAUUAACAAGUGUGAAUUGCUAAAAUUUCAAGAUGAUUUUGUGCAUAGUGACAUUAUGAAAUACUCAUUAAGUACAUAG